AGUCUCUUUCACCUCUUACUUCCGGUCUUUGGCCCAGGCUUGGGCUGCGUGGAGAUUUUGCGAUGCCGACCGGAGACUUUGAUUCGAAGCCCAGUUGGGCGGACCAGGUGGAAGAGGAAGGAGAGGACGACAAAUGUGUCACCAGCGAGCUCCUCAAGGGGAUCCCCCUGGCCACUGGGGAUACCAGUCCAGAGCCUGAGCUAUUGCCGGGAGGUGAGUGCCCGACUUCACUCCAGCCCUGGGCCAUCUCUCUCCCCAGCCUCCUUCCUUCUGGUCCCUAUUACCCAGGGCUCAGUUCCUUUGUCUCUUCCUCUCUCCCAGCUCCACUGCCACCUCCCAAGGAGGUCAUCAAUGGAAACAUCAAAACAGUGACGGAGUAUAAGAUAGAUGAGGAUGGCAAGAAGUUCAAGAUCGUCCGCACCUUCAGAAUUGAGACCCGGAAGGCCUCAAAGGCUGUGGCAAGGAGGAAGAACUGGAAGAAGUUUGGGAACUCAGAAUUUGACCCACCGGGGCCCAACGUGGCCACCACCACAGUCAGCGAUGAUGUAUCCAUGACAUUCAUCACCAGCAAAGAGGAUCUGAACUGCCAGGAAGAGGAGGACCCAAUGAACAAGCUCAAAGGCCAGAAGAUAGUGUCCUGCCGAAUCUGCAAGGGUGACCACUGGACCACCCGCUGCCCCUACAAGGACACGUUGGGGCCCAUGCAGAAGGAGCUGGCCGAACAGCUGGGCCUGUCCACUGGCGAGAAGGAGAAGCUCCCUGGAGAGCUGGAGCCUGUGCAGGCCACUCAAAACAAGACUGGGAAGUACGUGCCUCCGAGCCUGCGCGACGGGGCCAGCCGCCGCGGGGAGUCCAUGCAGCCCAACCGCAGAGCUGAUGACAAUGCCACCAUCCGUGUCACCAACCUGUCUGAGGACACUCGUGAGACCGACCUGCAGGAGCUCUUCCGGCCCUUUGGCUCCAUCUCCCGCAUCUACCUGGCAAAGGACAAGACCACCGGCCAGUCCAAGGGCUUUGCCUUCAUCAGCUUCCACCGCCGCGAGGACGCUGCGCGUGCCAUUGCCGGGGUGUCCGGCUUUGGCUACGACCACCUCAUCCUCAACGUCGAGUGGGCCAAGCCAUCAACCAAUUAAGCCAGCUGCUGCUGUUGCUGCUCAGCCCCUGGCCCCGGGACCCUUCAGUGACAGAAGGCAGCCUCCUGGAGCAGAGGGCUUCAGGGCAAUAAAAAGUCUCUAGUCUCUA